AGGACUGCAUGGCGGUCCUCACGCCCAACACUGCUUUGGAACAUGUUCUGAAGAGCUUGUUUGAUGAAGAGAAAAAGGAUGAGUUAGUCCAAGAAGCUCACUUUUUUGUGCUCGCAAUGGUGGCCUCCAGCGCGGAGGUCCGGGACAGCAGUGUUCUUUGGGACCUCAUACAGUCUUUGCCGACGCUGAUUUCCUCAGCGCCCUCCAGCGCCAGCUUGGACUUUACCAAAAAGACUGCGAUUGAGCUCUUGGGUAAUCUAUGGCAAUGGGUGAAUUCCAGGAAAGACUUUUUAGGACUCGCAUUGGUGAUGAUCUCGCAGCUGCUUGUUCCAGAUCUGAGCAGCAGUCCAGCACAUGAGCUAGAUCGUGCCAGGCAAGUCCAGCAGGCAGCUUCCACAGCAUUCAAACACAUUUGUGUUGGGGGCAAGCUUCAUUUGGAGGACUUGCUACCAGAGCUCUUGGAUCUCUACGGGGUGACUAUGGCGUUGCCCAUCCGGAUGCACCUCUCGAUCGUUGAGGGUGUCGGAUCCGUCGUAGCAAGUCUCAACCAGGAGGACCAGCUUCGAUCUGGACUGGAGCAGAUGGUUGCACCCCUGGCCCAGGGCUUGGACUCUGCAAGGCAGAAGCCACAUCUCCUUGGCGAGAUCUUGGACAGGCUCAUCGUGAUCAUAAAGCAGCUCCACAUGACCGAAAGUAAUGCCAAAGCAACCUGCAUUGGUCACCUGCUUUGCAACACCCUUUGGCCAAUGAUUCGGCAAUGCCUACAUCACCACCCCACAGAUUCGAAGCUGGUUGAGAAGAGCUGCCAGUUGCUGAAGGAUUCCAUGCGCUGUGUGCCUGAUCUCUUCAAGCAUCACCUCCCCGAUGUGGCUCGGACAUUGGUCACCGCCUUCCAGCAGCAUCAGCAUUCGACUUACCUUUACUCGGCAGAGGUUCUAGCUCGUACAUAUGCAAAAGACCCUGAGAAUGUCCCGGUGCUCACCGAGCUGUUCAAUCAGCUUAGCGGCAUUGGCUUGCAAAGCCUCGUCCAUUCGGAAGACAAGCUGGAAGAGAUCCGAGAACUUGCGGAGGCUCGGGAGUCCAUCCCUGCCAUCCUGCAGCCUUGGGCCUUUACCAUGGCGCGGCAGCUUUACGAGUCCGAGUUGCAGGAGGCCCGCUCAAGUCUUGCAAAGCUCCAGGCUGAACUGCAAGAGGUGCCGAGCUAUGCGCUGCCCAAGAAGAAGCACGGAAGGCCAACGCACGAGCUGCUGCAGCAUCGAAAGCUUGGGGAAGAUGAGCCUUGACCUCGCUGGCUUCGGUUGGCCUGGCAGGCAAACUGGGCCACAAGGUUGUGGAGACUCAUCGUUGUUGCAGCUUGACUGAGCAAUUUGAACGCAUGUGGCCAAUCAAAUCCCACCUUAAUUCACGCAGUAGAGAUGCAGAUAGCAUUUAUUAUGCCCUCACUCCUGCAUUCAGGCAGAAUGCCAGAGUGUCUUUAUUUUGUUCUUUUGUCCAGGGCCAAAGUGGGCACCAGUCACCAUUCAACGUUUGCUUUCCAAAGCAGCAGAAAUGACAAUCACAUGAUUUCGCUUGCAGCCUGGGAUAUGGAUUUACAGUAACCAGGUUGCUGUGAAGAAGGAAAUGAUUUGCGCUGCUGGACUUGUUUUUUGGCGGGCCAGGAGGCUACAUAUACUCUGUAUAGCAGCAAUGAUC